CGGCCUAGGAAAGUUGCGUUACUUUGAAUUUACAACUUUUAAGGAUGAAUGCUCAGCUGAAGUACGUUGUCGACGAGCUAAAGGCUCUUUACCCGAAGAAGGACUACAACAUUAUUGAAUUUGAUGGGUUUGAACCCGACCAGCUUGUGCAGAUUUUAAGCAAUGUAAUCUGCACAAUUGAGUCGAAAGAAGCCGUCAACACAAGGUCUGAAAACCGUGAGAUGACCAUAAAAAGACUGCUGAAUUCUCUGUACAUCAUGAAAUACAGACCACCCAGCGGAAACGAAUAUGACUUGGCUCAAUCGCUCUUCCUCGGAGAAAAAUCAGCGAUUUUGCCUUUACUCGAGUGGCUGCUGAAGGAGCGGCCGACUCUUGAAAAAAGAGCGUAUUUGGGGAGGUAUUUAAUCAAAAUCGAAGUUCCCCCAGCGCUGAGAGGAGACUCGAAUCUGGAGGAAUUGUUCGAGAAUUACGAGCAGCUGUUGGAGACUUUUAAGGAUGCACAUCGCGAACGGGAACAACUUUUAUCUGCCGGUAGCAACACCGGCGAGCUCAGGGGAGAUCUGGCCGUGAUGGAACGUGAGCGGGAGAUCGUGGCCGCAAAAGUAGCCACUCUGCAGAAAACUCGCGUGGAGGGUUCGAAAGCGAAUGCGGCUUUGUUGGCGCGCGUGAAGGCCCUGCGGGAGUCGCGGGCCAAGAGGGACAUGUUGCUGGAGCAGAAAGCUCGUCUUCAGACCACCUGCGUGGAGAUGGAACGGUUCGUGGCGAGGACGAAGCAGCAGGUGGCCGAAGCUCGCAGGGCAGCGCACGGGGUCACUCCGCAAGGGCUGCUGCAGCGAGCCGAGGAGGAAGAAAAAGUGUCAACGUACAUCGCCAACGAGAAAAUCCCGGCCGACAUGAAAAGCGGGCAAACGCAAUUACAGUUGCUGCGGGAGGUGGCGUCGCAAACGUGUCUAACGAGGUCGGACCUCGCUCAAGUCGAGCAACAGGUUCGUGCUCUUUCCUCCGAGGUGAAUGCGCUCCUCGAACGGAGAAUGGCAGCCGCUGAUCCUGCCGACGACAAACUCACCCCUUUCAAGCAGCAGGCAGCCAUGCUCGGACGCAAGAAAGAGGCGGCCGCCGAGGCCCUCGGCGAGCUCAAGAAGGAAUCAGCCGCCUUGAAAUCAAAACUAGAGAAAAUCCAAGGGCAGCUGAUGCCGGGCGAGGAGCUGCCAUUGACCGAGGAGCAGUUCAAAAAGUACAUGGGCCAGUUGAAGCCGCGCACCGAACUUUUCAAGGCGAAACGCAGCCAGCUGUCAAGCCAGACGGCCGAGUGCGGCGUUUUGUCCAGGACCCUGGAGAUUCUGAGAAGUAAUCACGAGCUGGCGCAGAGGCAAUUGGGAGACGAGGAGCGUCGCCUCGGUCUCAGCGGCUACUCGUCCACCGCAAGCCAGCUCGCGGAAGUGAACGCGGCCAAAACCGAGCUGGAUUUGCAGAAGGAGAGCAAGCUGGAGGCCCUCUCGAAAACCAUUCUCGAGCUCAACCAAAUUAUUGCCUCGAAGAAAGCAAAACUCGCGCCUGCAAUUCAAGAGCUGCGUCCGUUGAGGGAGCAGUACCAGGCGUCGCUGGCCGAUUUUAACAAGUUGAAGCAGGUGUACGACGCAACAGCCGCCAACCUGGGCUCGGCGAGCAACAAAAUCGAGCAGGAAAUUAAGCAAAUUGAAGAGGAAACGCGGCAGGCGGCGUCGGAGGCGGCGCUCUUCGGGGCCAAAACGGAAGUGGUGGACGCGCAGAAAGAGAUGCUGGUCCAGGAGAUGGCUUUCUACAAGUCGGGGGAUAAGUCCAAAUCGCUCAGGGAGCGAUUAAACGCGAAAAUUGCUGAGGAAGAGAAACGGGGCCGGCAUCUGAAAGAGGCGCAGAGGGCGAUGAAGGACAGCGAGCCUGCCAACGAGCGCCAGACCAUGCUCUGGGAAAACGUGGAAAGGAUUUUCGCCGCGAAACUCAGACACGUGACCACGGCUCGACGCGAUUCCGGCGUUUUUCGCAGGGAGAGGGGAGCAGAGACGCUGGUUAUUUUAAACUGAAUCGUGAUUGAACUGAUUGCAGAUUCAAAUUAAACACUUUGUAACAACAGCAUAAACAAAAUUAUUUCAUGGUUAAGGUUGGACUUUAGGACGACUCUUUUAAU